AUGAACCCAUACUUUGAAAUUGCAUCACUAUUCUUACCUGCAAAAUUUACAAAUUACAUUUCUAUUACAAAGUCAGCAUAUGAAAUUUAUAAUAUUGCUUCAUCUAAAUUUCGGCCUGAAUUUGCAUCAGUUAAAAAUGCUGAAAAUUAUUAAACUAAUGAUCCUACUUUAUACUCACAAUUAUUUUAAGGAUCAUUUAAUUUAGAAACUAUCAAACGAAAAUCAAUAUCAUUAAAUCAAUCUUGUUUAAAGGAUAUUUAAGAUUUCUUAUCUAAUUAUCAUUUCCCUCAAUAACUAAAUAUAAUAAAAAUAUGUAAAGAAUUCUAUUCAGAAAAAUUUGGAUGUUGCAUUAUAAAUUUAAAAAUGAUUUCAAACAAUUUGAUUAAUUAUCUAUAAAAUGAAGAUAUAAAAUAAUUCAAUGUUGAACAUUUAAAUUAAUCUAUUGAUGAACUUUCUUUGUUAUUUAUUGAAUAUAUUAAGGGAUAAUUUAAUUAGGAAUCUAUUAUUGAAGAGUUUUGUGAAAAUUUUGAAGAUAUAUCUACAACAGUGUAUGAAUACAUAAUUCAAGCUGCCAAAAAAAAAAAUAAAGAAAUUUAUAAUAGAUUAAUCAAAUAAAUUAAAUAAUUUUACAAAUAAGAAUUAAAUAAUUUAAUUUUAGAUGAAACUUGUACAAUAAUUAAGGAAAAUAAAAUACCUUUAUUUUAAGUUAAGAAUCUAAUACAUAAUUUUUUAAUACAAAAUCAUAAAUAUUUACAUGAUGAAUUACAAAAUUUUUAUAAUUUUUAAUUAUCUAAUGUUGUGAUAUCAAGAUAUGCUUAAAAAAUACUCGAUCAUUAAUUAUUUAAAAUAAGAUCUUCUCUUCAAAUCUUCAUGAGACAUGAAAAAGUAUAUGAAGAAGUAUAAUUAAAAUCUUAAUAGUUAUUUUAUUAAUAUUUUUAGAAAAAGGAGUUCCUCUUAAUUAAAGAAAAAGAAUUUGCUUCCUAAUUAUUUUACUUAUUAUUAUAAGUUGAUGUAGAAUCAAAAGAAAUAUUAUAUAUAUUAGAUAUACUAUCUUAAUAUACUGAAAUUACAAAAAUAGAUUCUUAAUAAGAUGUUACAUAAACUUUAAUUAAAUUGAGAAAUACUUAUAAAUAAGAAAUAGAAUAGGCUAAUCAAUUUUGGAAAAAUGUUAUCACAGAAUAAUAAAAUUUAUCUUUAAUUUUUGAUUUAUUCAUUCUUUUAAAUGGUACUCAUUUUGUGAAUGAUUAAUUACUUAUUUCAUAAUACUAAUCAGUAAAAAAAAAUAUAUUAAUGAAUAUAAUUAAUCUAAUGAAAGAAGGAUUUUAUGGAUAUUUUAAUUGUCGUCUAAUUAAUAAUUUUGAAAACAUAAUAGGAGAUAUUAGGAAUUAAAUAAUUAAAUAAUUAGAAAAAUAAAAUUAAGAAAUAAAGCUAUAUGUAAAAAUUCAAGAACAUCACAUUUGCAUAUAACUUUAUGAUAAAGAUGUUUCUUAAUAAUUUAGUUAGGAAUAAUUUUAUAAAAGAAAUUAGAUUUAUCAUAUGAUAAAUAUUUCAUAAACUGAAAAUUAAAUAAACUAAAUAAAGAUUUUAUUGAGUGAGAUACAAAAAGAUUAUUUAAGGAAUAUUACUAUUCCAGAUAGAAUGUAAUUCGAAAAACGCUCUCCUGAUUUGAUGCAAUCAUCUGUAAUUACUCUAUUCAUUUCAGGGUUUACAGAUUCAGCGGUAUAGAAUAGUAUAUUAGAAGGAUUAAAAGACUAAAACCUUAUAGUAUUGAAUUGGAAUAAUCCAAAAGAAGAAAAUAAUGUAAAAGAGAAAUUGAUGGAGGCAGUUAAAUAAAUGAUAUUAAAAUCUCCAUUGGAAGCAGUUGUAAGUGGAUUAAAAGCCUUUACUAGUGCCCCAUUUGAAUAAUCUUAAUAAGAAGCUAAACAUGUUGGAAGAUAUUUGGCACAUUUAUUAAUUGAUAAAAAGAUUUUUGGUGAUUAUUAAAUAAACAUUAUUGCUCAUUCAGUAGGUUCUACUGUUAUGUAUGAAAUGAUGAAAGAACUAGAUAAUAUCUCUAAUAAUACACAUACUAUAAAUAAUAUAUUGAUAUUAGGAGGAAUAGUUGACACUAGAAAACUUCAAAAAAGGAGAUGGAAUUGUGUUUAAGGUAGGAUAUGUAAUGUGUUUAGCAAAAAUGAUUUGGUAAUAAAAUUGAUGUACAAUUCAUUUAGAUUAUUAGAUUAAUUUUGUGGUAAUUUAAUAAUAAUAUUAUUUUAUUUAGGAUUAAAUGAAGUGAAAUAAGGAUACAGAAAAGUUGAGAAUUAUAAUAUGAGCAAUUUAAUUAAAGGACAUAAUGAUUAUGGAGUUCACAUAUAGUAAAUCUUAAUUCAAACAGACUUUUUAUAAUAUUUAAGAUUUUUAUAUGAAUGA